AGGGGACUGCUCAACCAGAGGCUGCUGUGACUGUUGUUAAAAUUAUUGCUGUUCCUACUGCUACUCACACUCAGUGGGAAAAAGAGAUUAAAAGAGGUCAAGGGAGGAGUCCUGAGAAGCCCCAGAAAGUUUCCCAGUCACCCUGGAAAACUGGUUCAACCAGUGUCUCCGCGUCCAUCCCAGAGAGCACAGGUGAAGACUCCAGAGGCUGUGGGAAAGGGGUGCUGGGCUGGGGCAGCCUCGGCCAUGUCUCACAGGCACCCCUGGGACCCCUACUGAGCUGGCCCACUUCUGAAAGCCUGGGCCCAGCCCUCUGGCCCCCUCAGUAUCCAGUAGGUGGCCCCUUGGCAUCUCCAACAGGACACCGAGAUGGAGAUUCCUGCUGGAGCCCAGCAAGACUUCUCAAAGAGCCUUCUGCUCUCAGCCUCAAUCCUGGCCCUCUGGGUCCCCCCAGGCUCCUGGGCAGCCCUCCGCAUCCAGAAGAUUCCAGAACAGCCUCAAACAAACCAGGACCUUCUCCUGUCUGUCCAGGGCAUCCCAGACACCUUCCAGGACUUCAACUGGUACCUGGGGGAGGAGACCUAUGGUGGUACGAUGCUAUUCACCUACAUCCCAGGGCUACUGAAGCCCCAGAGGGAUGGCAGUGCCAUGAAGCAGCGAGACAUCAUCGGCUUCCCCAACGGCUCCAUGCUGCUGCGUCAUGCCCAGCCCACAGAUAGUGGCACCUACCAGGUAGCUGUCACUAUCAACCCUGCCUGGACUAUGCGGGCCAAGACCGAGGUCCAGGUGGCCGAAAAGCAUAAGGAGCUGCCCAUUACAAACCUGCCAGUGAGUGCUGGGAUCGUGGCCGCCAUCAUCAUUGUCUCUCUGGCCAUCGGGUCUCUCUGCGUUGGCAGCAUUGCCUAUCUCCUGGUGACAAGAGGCUGGAGAGCCCAGAGCCACAGGAUGACGGCCGCAGAGAAACCGGAAGUGGGUUCCCAUCAUCACGCUGGUGACAACAACAUCUAUGAAGCGAUGCCAACUCCGGUUCUCCUGGUGUCCCCUCUCAGUGACACGAGGCCCACGAAUGCCACCAUGCUGCCACCGCUGCCCCAACUCCCACCACUGGAGCCAGAGAGCCACCACUAUCAGGACCUGCUGAACCCCGACCCUGCCCCGUACUGCCAGCUGGUGCCAACUCCUGAAGGGGUCCCAGGCUAGGCCAGUGGCUGUCCCUCACCCCUCCUCGGGAGCCUUGGGCCCGCAGAAAAGCCACAUCAGAGACCCAGAAGGACCGGGCCAUCAGGGCUGUGAGGCUGGUGAGGUGGACUCAGCCGAAGACUCAGCACAGCAUCAAACAGGUGUCCUGGGCAGGGGGCAGGGGAGUGAAGGGCCCAGCAUCCCGCUCACCCUCUGCGUGUACAACCUGGCCUCAACUCUGGCCCUCCAGCAACCUGGCCUGGGGAAAGUAGGUUCUUGCCUCCCUCACCCCAAAGUCCCCCAUCUGGAUAUUUGGGGGUGAAGAGGGUCAUCUCAGGCCGACCUCCAGCCAGACCUCACAAGAGGGCUCCCUACUAUCAGCCCACAACACCCCACCCCAGCUCUGCUGGUUGCCUUUGGAGCCCCUUCCCCUGGGCACAAGGCAGCACCCCCACCACCACACAAGCCCCAGAGGACAAGGCACGUGGCAGCCAGGCCUGGUCUCAUGGGCCUGUGUCCCCAGAUGACAGUCCUGGCCAGUUGCUGCGGCCCCCAGACCCCUUCCCUGCUCAGGCAGAUCCAGCCCCACUCAAAAUUCGGUCUCUCAAAACCUGUGGCCACCUUCUGGCCACUUCCCCUGACACCAAGUCCCUCGGGACAGCUGCUCCCUGCUCUACCCUCAACCCAAUCCUGUCCUAAAUGCGGGCCGGCUCUCUCACCCUCUAAUCUAUUCAUUCACUCCACAAUGAAUAAGCUGUGGGCCGUGCCCCAUUCUAGACCCUGCUGCCCCAGCAAGGAUCAAAAUAAGCAAACCUUCCUGGUCUCCUAGAAGGACACUCUGGCAACAGAGAGAGAGCCAGAAAAUAUAAAUAAAUAACAUACAUGCUGUGUUGGGUGCUGACAAGUGCACUGGGGAAAUAAAGACAGAAGGGGGUUGGGAGAGUUAAGGGACUGAGGUUUUAAAUAAAGAGCCAGAGAAGGCCUCCUCGCCCAGAAGGUAACAGUGAACAAAGACCUGAAGGAAGAGAAGCAGGGAGCCAGAGGGAUCUGGAGGGAGAGCAUUCCAGGCAGGAGGAACAGCAAGUACAAAGGCCCUGAGGUAGGAGUCAGCCUGGGAUGGGCACAGAGUAAGGAAGGGGGAGAGGGCGGGAGGUGAGGUCAGGGAGAUGGGGAGGUACAGAGCAUGCAGGGCAUGUAAGGCAUUGCAAAGACUGUGGCUUUUGCUCUGGAAGCUAA